AUGUCCAACAAAAAGAUCUCGCCUCAUCAGAUGCGAAAGAACCUGACCUAUGUCCAGCAAGGUCCCGAUUUUAUGCGUAUGCUGACCGGUCAGUCCGCUGACGCCGCCUACAAAGACCCUCGUAACCCCUACAAGAAACCUAUCGGAAUUGAAGCGAAAUUCCAGACGGACGACCCUAGUGACGACGAAGACGAAAACGCACACGAUCUGCUGAACGAACGGGAAGAAGAACGGCCUACAGUCGUGGUUCUGAAAGAUGGGAAGCAUCUGGAUGAACGGCAGGUCAGGAAUGUCUUGAAAAACCUCCCACCCGGGUUGUCAGAUCUAGAAAUUCAAAAGCGACUAGCCGAGGAGACAGAGAAAUUGAAUAACGGACCUAGUGACGACAACGAAGAAGAACAGGAAGAAGAAGAAGAGGAAGAUCAGGAUCCGGUUGACACCAAUGGGAAGAUCCUUUUCAGGAAACCCAAGGGGUCUAGGACCAAGAGUAAAAAGGAAUCCAUAACGUCGGCUAGCAGCAAGAAGAGCUUUGGAGAGACUUUGCUAGCAGAGGCAGAAGCUAAAGUGAACGCACUGAAACGGAAAUCUGGAGCGUCAUCGUCAGCGAAGUUGGCAACGGUGGUCAAAAAGGGCGACACCAGUAGUAAUAAUAAUAGUAGUAGUAGUGGUGGUGGUGGUGGUGGUGGUGGCGGACCGAAAGCGAAGAAGCAAAAGAGUGCAAAGGCAACUUCUUUAUUGAGUUUUGAUGAUGAAGAGUAA